AUGGAUCCAUCAGAGACAGGGGGUCGGGAUGCUGCUGGGCCCGACCCAGAACAGAGUCCGAAACCCGAGCUGUCUGCAGCGAUGCGGGCCAAGAUCGAGCGGAACCGGCAGCGGGCGCUGAUGCUCCGGCAAGCCAGACUAGCGAGCCGGCCUUUGUCCGCUGUAGAGGGAGCAACCUCAGCCAAAGUGUCCAAAACCAUCGACUCCGGCGCCGGCUUCUUCAUCGAGGAGGAGGAGGACGGAGAGGAAGAGCAGAGGAGCAGGAAGAUAGUGCAUCAGCCAGGUGAGUUAAUGGUGUGUUAAUGAGCUCUUUGCAGGAGUGAAUGUAUUAUUUAAUGAAUGUGCAAUUUCUCUCUCUGUAGCUCCAGUCAUUGAACCAGACUACCUGGUUUGUGAUGAGUGUGAAAAACCCUUUAUGGACUCAUACCUCAGUAACAGCUUUGACCUGUGUGUCUGCGAUAAGUGCAGGUAAGGUUUUUCACAACAUCAUAGUUGACCACGUCCAAGACAGUAAAGUGUUUUUUUUUUUUUUUUUUUUUUUGGUCCCCAGCUGUAAAGAAGAAAUCUGACUGAAAUGUAGCUGUCAAAUAAGAUGAAUUCUUGAAUAUGAAAUAAGGAAAAGAAAAACUAGAGUUCAGCAAUCAGGUCACCCAAAAUCUGUUGAAAACUGUGGAUUAGGAUUAGAGAAACCUUUGACAGAAUCACGAGGGUGGACUUUCACACUUUUGCAUUGGUUAGACAAUAAAAUAGUUAUAUACUCCACGCACAUGGAGUGAAUAGUUUGAUAUUACAGUGUAACAUCAAAGUUUAAGUUUGUAAUCGACUACUGUAAUUACAAACUUAAACUUUAAAGGGAUAUUCCGGUGUAAAAUAAGUUAGGGUCAAACACUGAGUUAGACACCCCCUCGAGAGAUGAAUGUUGCUGACCGCUUGCUUCUCUAGUUAUACCAACUUUAGUAACGACCGAAGGAUAGCAAUACACAGCAGUCUGAGGAGUCAAACACAAACCUCAACCAAAACGCCACUCUAUGGCCACAAAUAAUGCUCAGAACAGCACCUAACUUCAUCAACAGUACAGGGUCCCAGCCACAGUGCUAGCCACCAAACAUCUUUUUAACUUUGCCUAAUUUCUUUAACAAAGAGACUAAACACAACUCACCCACUCUCUUCCAGCAGCCGCUUGUUUGUAGCAAGACCUCAGGCCAGUCCAUUACGGAGGGGUCUAAUUCGGUGUAACAGUGUGUUUGACCCUAAAGUAAUAUCACGCCGGAAUAUCCCUUUAAAUUUAAACCACCACUAUCACUAGUAGGAAAAAAUGAAAAUUUCAAAUGAUACUUUUUGAGAAGAGGGGCCCUGUUAAAUUGCUUUACCUUUCUCCUCAGGUCUUGGAUAUGUUGUUAUUAAUUUUGAUAGUCGCUCAUUGAAAAACAGUCUGAUAAUUUAUCAAUUAUUCUUUCAUUUUUCUCCAUCAGAGAUAAUGAGGAGAAACAUAAGCUGAUCUCUAGAACAGAAGCCAAGCAGCAGUACCUGCUGAAGGACUGCGAUCUGGACAAGAGAGAGCCUCCGCUCAGGUUCAUAUUGAAGAAAAACCCUCAUAACCCACACUGGGGAGACAUGAAGCUCUAUCUCAAACUUCAGGUAGUGUUGGGGGGAAAAGGGAGCUAUGAACACAUGACUAUUUUUUAAGAAAAGAGUGGUUAGUUCAGGGCUGAUAGUUUAAAACCCCGCCCAGUUUGGCAGGUAUCAAUGUUUGUACUGUAUGAUGGAUCCUGAGUGUUGUUUUGUUACUUUGAGAACAUCUUAAGAUGUGGCUCUUUGAGCUGUGAAAUUUCACAAAUUCAUUAUCUGCAUCAUCCAUCAUGGAAUCCAAGCAAGCUUUUUAUGUGUGCAGGUAGAGAAGAGAUGUAUGGAGGUGUGGGGUUCAGAGGAGGCUCUGGAGGAGGCCAGAGAGACCAGGGAGGAGAACAGAGAGGUCCAAAAACAAAAACGCUUCAACAAGAAGGUCAAAGGUGGGUUUCCAAUUGGAACAUUUUUUUUAUUAACACCAACUUGUGGCUCGAUCAGGCUUUAUCUCCUUGUAUUUGUGUUUUAGAGCUGCGCAGGGCGGUAAGAAGCAGCACGUGGACCAAAGACGCCAGCGUUCACCAACAUCAGUAUGGACCAGAGGAGGUGGUGGAUCCUGAGGAGGAUCUCUACAAGAAAACCUGCACCACCUGCGGACAUGAACUGACCUAUGAGAAGAUGUAA